CGACCGUUGCUGCGACUGCACCCAAGUCCGCAGGAGCCCCAUUCGAUCCGGAGGCGUUAGCGGCGGCUCUUACCGCACGUAUGAGCGCAGCCGGGGCGUCCAUCAUUUUCGAGAAGGCUCUGACUGCGAGCGACGUCAGUGGGGGCGGCAGGGUGGUGGUGCCCAAGUCCAUUGCCGAGCAGUACUUCCCCAAACUGGAGCAGCCCAGCGGGGUCACCAUUUCCGCGACCGACUUGGACGGCAGGUCGUACACAUUCAAGUGGAGGUUCUGGGUCAAUAACAGCAGCCGCAUGUACCUGCUGGAGGGAGCGGGUGAGCUGCACAGGAACUACGGACUGGAGGUGGGCGACGUGAUGGUGUUCGCGCAGAAGGCCGACGGCUCACUGAUGGUGGCGGGCAGGGCCGCAAGCAAGGGCGCAGCGGCCGCGGCCGCGGCGGCGCAGCCGAUCCCUGGGCGCCUGACGGCCGGCGGCGGCCCUAGUACGGCAGUUGCUUCCGCCGACGCCAGCCUGUUGCGUGGUGGCGGUGGUGGCGGACGAAAGCGGAAGGUCUCCUCCUCCGCAGCAACAGCAGCAGCAGCGACGGGGGCGGCGGUAGGUGGUCUGGCCGCGGACCCCACCCGGUUUCGUGUGCGGCCUGGCGAUGAGGGGCUGACGUCGCUGGCAGUGCUGGACAUGGAGGCGCCCUCUGACGGGAUAUUCCGGGCGGUGGUGCAGCACGUGUCGCCGGUGUCCCUGGGUGUGGCUCUGGCCCGCAACAACCGCUGGACGGCCACGCUGGAAGUAGCUGGCGAGUUCUACCAGGCCUUCUUCGACUCGCGGGAGGAUGCGGUGGAGGCGGUAACGGCGGCGGGGGCAUCUCCCUGA